CUCGGCUUCAGUCUGUAGCGGUUCGGGCGGUAGAGGUCGGAGUGGGGGACUGUGUGAGUGACGCGCGGACGCUAGAAUCUCGCCGACCCUCUUGGCCUCGCCUCAGCCUGCAGGGCGGGUGCGAGCGGACUCCGGCUCUUGUGUGGCAGCUCAGAAUGAUGGAUCAAGCCAGAUCAGCAUUCUCUACCUUGUUUGGUGGAGAACCGUUGUCCUAUACCCGGUUUAGUCUGGCUCGGCAAGUAGAUGGUGACAGCAGUCAUGUGGAGAUGAAACUAGCUGCAGAUGAAGAAGAAAGUGUUGACAAUAACAUGAGGGGUAAUCGUGCCAGUGUCACAAAACCAAGAAGGUUUAAUGGAUUUAUCUGCUAUGCGACUAUGGCUGUAAUCCUCUUUUUCUUGAUUGGAUUUAUGAUUGGCUACUUGGGCUACUGUAAACGUGUAGAACCAAAAUCUGAAUGUGAGAGACCAGGAACAGAGUCUCCAGGGAUAGAGGGAACUGAACCUCCAGAAACAGAAGAGUACUUUCCUGAAACACCUUCUCGCUUAUUUUGGUCGGACCUCAAAACAAUGCUGUCAGAGAAACUGAGUAACACAGACUUCUCCAGUGCCAUCAGGCGGCUGAAUGAAGAUUCAUACCUCCCUCGUGAGGCUGGAUCUCAAAAAGAUGAAAGCCUUGCCUUUUUCAUUGAGAAUAAAUUCCGUGAACUUCAACUUAGCAAAGCCUGGCACGAUGAACAUUUCGUUAAGGUUCAGGUCAAAGGCAGUGCUUCAAACUCAGUGACCAUGGUGGACACAAACAGUGGCAUGGUAUACCUGGUGCAGAGUCCAGAGGGCUAUGUGGCAUACAGUAAGGCAGCGACAGUUACUGGUAGACUGGUCCAUGCUAAUUUUGGCACUAAGAAAGACUUUGAGAAUUUAAACACUGCUGUGAAUGGAUCUUUAGUGAUUGUUAGAGCAGGGAAAAUCACUUUUGCUGAAAAGGUUGCAAAUGCUGAAAGCUUUAAUGCAAUUGGUGUGUUGAUAUACAUGGACCAGGCUAAAUUUCCCAUUGUUAAUGCAGAGACUCCAUUCUUUGGACAUGCCCAUCUGGGAACAGGUGACCCGUAUACACCUGGAUUCCCUUCUUUCAAUCAUACUCAGUUUCCACCAUCCCAGUCAUCAGGAUUGCCCAAUAUACCUGUCCAAACAAUCUCCAGAGCCACUGCAGAAAAGUUGUUUGGAUAUAUGGAAGAAGACUGUCCUUCUACUUGGGAAACAGAUUCUUCUUGUAGGCUGGAAACCUCACCGAACAUGAAUGUGAAGCUCACUGUGAACAAUGUGCUGAAAGAGAUAAGAAUUUUUAACAUGUUUGGAGUUAUUAAAGGUUUUGAAGAACCUGAUCACUAUGUUGUAGUAGGGGCUCAGAGGGAUGCCUGGGGCCCUGGAGCUGCAAAAUCUAGUAUAGGAACAGCUCUCCUCUUAGAGCUUGCACGGAUACUCUCUGAUAUGGUCUUAAAAGGUGGCUUUAAACCCAGCAGAAGCAUUGUCUUUGCCAGCUGGAGUGCUGGAGACUUUGGAGCUGUUGGUGCCACUGAAUGGCUCGAGGGAUACCUUUCCUCCUUGCAUUUAAAGGCUUUCACUUACAUUAAUCUGGAUAAAGCUGUUCUUGGUACCAAUAACUUCAAGGUUUCUGCCAGCCCACUGUUGUAUUCGCUUAUUGAGAAGACGAUGAAAGAUGUGAAACACCCAGUUACUGGGCAGUCUCUUUAUCGGGACAGCAAUUGGAUCAACAAAGUUGAGAAAUUUUCUUUGGAUAAUGCUGCUUUCCCUUUCCUUGCGUAUUCUGGAAUCCCAGCAGUUUCUUUCUGUUUUUGUGAGGACACAGAUUAUCCUUAUUUGGGUACUACCAUGGAUGUCUAUGAGAAACUCAGUCAGAAAGUUCCUGAGUUGAACAAAAUGGCACGUGCAGCAGCAGAAGUAGCUGGUCAGCUUAUAAUGAAACUUACCUAUGAUCUUGAAUUGAACUUGAACUAUGAGAUGUAUAAUGACAAAAUACUUUCAUUUGUGAGGGAUGUGAGCCGAUUCAGAACAGACAUGAAGGAGAUGGGACUGAAUCUACAGUGGCUGUAUUCAGCACGUGGAGACUUUUUCCGAGCUACCUCCAGGCUGACAACAGAUUAUAGGAAUGCUGAGAGAACAAACAAAUUUAUCAUGAGGGACAUCAAUGAUCGUAUCAUGAGAGUGGAGUAUCACUUUCUCUCACCCUAUGUAUCUCCGAGGGAGUCUCCUUUCCGACAUAUCUUUUGGGGCUCUGGCUCUCACACCGUGUCUGCAUUACUAGAGCAUUUGAAACUGCGCCAGGAAAAUAACAGCGCUUUUAAUGAAACACUGUUUAGAAACCAGUUAGCUCUAACAACUUGGACUAUUCAAGGAGCUGCAAAUGCCCUCUCUGGUGACAUUUGGGACAUUGACAAUGACCUUUAAAUGUGAUACCCAUAACUUAUAUGAGAACAGCAGGGUAGUGUGAUUUCUAGACUUGUGCUGGUUGUGCUAAAUUUUUAGUAGGGCUAUAAAACCUAAUAUUGUUAAAAUUCUACCCAACCAUCUUGGUACCACUAGAUUUCUUUAGGCAGCAGCUUUUAAUACAGGGUAGGUACCUGCACUUCAAGUUAAAGUGAAUAACCACUUAAAAAUGUUCAUGAUAGAAUCUCUUCUCUGAUUUUCUCUAAAAUUUUAAAUACAUUGUAUGGUAACUGCCUCUUUCUUGUUACAGUUAUGACAAAGUCAGAACCAGUAACGUAAACUAUUGCUCUAAACCCUAAGGACAUAAACUGGUAUCUUCUAAGUGGGAGGAGGAAGGUGGUAUCUGCUGGAGGCUGAAAGUGGUAGCUUAGUGGGAUGCUCUACCUGCACUUGAUGCUGGAUAGGAGAUACCAGGUUGUAAGACCUUAUUCUCCAAAUGAGAUACAUGCCUUCCCUAAGGAUUUAGCUGGUUUCCACAUCCCUGAAUGAAACAGUUAACUUUCAGAAGAGAUAGGACUUGUUUUCUUGCCAGUGAGGUUCAACUGUUUAUCACAGGAGUAAGGCCUUAAUGUGUUAAACCUCAAGAUAACUUAUGAAAAGAGGAGACCGGAAGCCAAAGACCUAGAUUCUCUUUUCCUCUUGCCCCUGCCCCAUAAGCCUUUGUUUUAUUAGUUUUUUCUCGUUUCUGUGUUUCCCAAAGUAUUUUGAAAGAAAACCAGCUUUAGGUGUUUAAUUUCAAACUCAGUUUGUCAGACUUUAAAGAACACACUGCCAAAUUUUGGCCGAAGUGUUAAUUUUUUGGAAAAGCUUUCUAUCAUUUUGGCACUGAGAUAUUUAUUGUUUAUUUAUCAGUGACAGAGUUCACUAUAAAUGGUGUUUUUUUUAUAGAAGAUAAUUAUCGGAAGCAGUGCCUUCCAUAAUUAUGACAGUUAUACUGUCGUUUUUUUUUAAUAAAAGCAGCAUCUGCUAAUAAAACCCAACAGAUACUGGAAGUUUUGCAUUUAUGGUCAACACGUGAGGGUUUUAAAAAACAGCCACGAGCCACAUAAAAUUAUAAAGCUAAAUAUUGGUGAAGGAUUCAAUUAAAUUAGGAGUUGCAAAUCAAGUUAGAUUUCUGUUUAGCCAACCAGAUAAAAAUGGCAGUUCUCUUAAAGGGAAGAACUUGUGACCAAGUUAAUACAUUAAUGUCACUUAAAGGCUGUAAUAGUACUCCUCUAUCUGUGAAAUUUUACAGCUCAGUUAAUCCAAGGUGUAACUUUUAAUUCGAAUUUUGCAAAAUUUCCAGUACCUUUGUCACAAACCUAACUCACAUUAUCGGGAGCAGUGUCUUCCAUAAUGUAUAAAGAACAAGGUAGUUUUUGCCUACCACAGUGUCUAUAUCGGAGACAGUGAUCUCCAUAUGUUACACUAAGGGUGUACGUAAUUAUCGGGAACAGUGUUUCCCAUAAUUUUCUUCAUGCAAUGACAUCUUCAAAGCUUGAAGAUCGUUAGUAUCUAACAUGUAUUCCCAGCUCCCUUUAAUUCUCUAUCUUUUAGUUGCAGAAACAUUUUAUGGUCCUUAAACAUUUGGUGGGUGAAUUCAACCACUAUAAAAUAAAAUUACUUCAUUUGAGAUUCUUUGCUUUUAAACCUAAUGUAGUGUUUUGUCAUAUUUGUGGUUUCUCUAGGUCUUCUGUUUAGUGGGAUCGUAGUCCACAUUUACAAUGUUUGCCGUUGACAAAUGAAUUUAACUUUAUCUCCUUAUUUGCAUGUCAUCUCCUGGAAACUUAGUUCAUACAAGUUUGAAUCCAGAAUUGACCUUUUAGCUUAAAUCGGGAAACUUGUAUAGGAGGCUCAGGGGGCGGGGCGGGGAGUGAAACGUGUAGGGAAGCGAAGCUUGCAAAAGGAUCCUCAAUCAUGUCUCCCUCCCCAUUAGUAUGUGGUGGUUUUAAGUUAAAUAGAGAUUUGAACAAAUAAGUUUGAAGCUACAUGAGUAAAAACUUCUAGUCCACCAUCAUUAUAACCCUCGUAAUCAGCUCUUUGUUAUAGGGCAGUUCACCCUAAGAAACUGACGCCUAAAAAAAAGUCCAUAGACUUAGCAUUCCUUACCUAAGUUAACAUAGGUCUAGAUUAUUACAGCCUCACUGAAUUGUUUCACUGCUCGCAGUCUGUUUAGUCUUCAUGGUGUUUUAUCUUGAACUGGUGUUUAGUGUAGCUACGUGGAAAGGUCAUAGCUGGGAUUCCCGAUUUGGGUAUCAUGCUUUACCACACUUUAAUGAAAGCUUAGUAACUUGAAGACACACUCUGAAUAUGGGCACACAUUUUACAGCAGUAGAUCUCUUUAAAAAACCUCUUUUCUAUGGUGAGGACUGAGUUAUUUCUAACCAAAAAAGCCAGCAACUGGUAAGACACUUAAUAUUCCUGAGUGAAAUGUGUAUCUGACUAGUGACAACCUGCUGGACUUCAGAUUUUGUCUGGUUAUAGGUAUCAGGUGCAUUUUGAAGAUAAAGGAUAAUUGAGCUCUAUCAUGAUUCGCUAUUCUAGAACUUGCAUGACCUUUACUCUGUUUCCUCUUUGAAUGUUCUUGAAAUUUUAGUCUUACUAGACUUGCCAACCUACUGCUCAUCGAUACCUUUGUAAACAAGUGAUAUGCCCUUAUAAUUGUGUCCAAGCUGGUAUGUGCAACAGUGUGGAAUUUCUUUAUCUGAUUUAAUAAAAUGCUUCAACACAGA